AUGGCCUUCGGUAAGGCAGUGGCGGCAGUUGCGGGUGCUGCAGUGUUCCAGGCCUUCACGGGCUUGUCCUUCCUGACGGCCUCGCGUGCAGCGUGGGGCUGGCAGCUGAUGGUGCCGAGCAACGCUGACUUCAGCUGCUCCGAGGGCACAACCAUCGGCUGCGCUUCGGCCAAUGGAUGUGAGGCAUCCAACUUCACCUGCACAGUGGUGCCUGCCGAGGGCAAAACCUGUGAUGUGUCCAGCAUCACUGUUCAGUGCACGGACUUGGCGGACAACACCAGCACCCCUUUCCAGCCCAACGUAGGACAGUGCAUCAACGUGCAGUCCUACGCAGAUUCGAUGAACAAGACGAUGGACGAGGUCGCUUGGUCGCAGGUGCCGAUGUGCAUGAACGCCACCACCACCACAGGUGGCACUGCCUCUACCUCGUCUGCCACCGGCAUGCAGGUGCUGGGCUCCGUGACGGCCGUCGUGGCUGCACUGGUGGUCUUGGCUCCAACCCGGGAGCUGUGCCAGCAGAUCACGCUGGAAGCCCGCAAGCUUUGUUUCAGGACCGUUGCCCGUGCUGUUGCCAUCUACGGUGGCGCAGAUGCACUGCCGCAGCUGAAGGCUCUGGCAGAGGGAGCCGAGAUUGUCAUCUGCACGCCUGGCCGUCUCGAGGAUUUCCUCGAGCGUGGCGUCAUUAGCAUGACCAAUGUGCGCUACCUGAUCCUGGACGAGGCCGAUCGGAUGCUCGACAUGGGCUUUGAGCCUCAGAUCCGCUCAAUCAUCGAAGGCCACAGCAUGCCCGAGCCCGGGGGAGAGGAAGGCCGGCAGACCAUGAUGUUCUCCGCGACCUUCCCCAGGGAAAUGCAGGAUCUUGCGCUGGACUUCCUGGAUCCGACAUACCUGUGGAUCGGUGUUGGUCGAGUCGGGGAGGCAUGCCAGAACGUGGUCCAGCGGUUCCAGGAUGCCAGCACCACGGACUUGGACGGCAAGUUUGAGAUGCUGGUCGAGGCGGUGAAGGAGGCAUCAGCAAUCAGCAUGGCCUUCGGCAAGGCAGUGGCGGCAGUUGCGGGUGCUGCAGUGUUCCAGGCCUUCACGGGUUUGUCCUUCCUGACGGCCUCGCGCGCAGCGUGGGGCUGGCAGCUGACGGUGCCAGGCAACGCUGACUUCAGCUGCGCCGAGGGCAGCACCAUCGGCUGCGCUUCGUUCACUGGAUGUGAGGCAUCCAACUUCACCUGCACAGUGGUGCCUGCCGAGGGCAAGUCCUGUGAUGUGUCCAGCAUCAGCGUGCAGUGCACAGACUUGGCGGACAACACCAGCAUGCCUUUCCCGCCCAACCUAGGACAGUGCAUCAACGUGCAGGCCUACGCGGAUUCGAACAACAAGACGAUGGACGAGGUCGCUUGGUCGCAGACGCCGAUGUGCAUGGACACCACCACCACCACAGGCUCUACCUCGUCUGCCGCUGGCCUGCAGGUGCUGGGCUCCGUGACAGCCGUCGUGGCUGCAUUGUCCGCGUCAAUCAGCAUGGCCUUCGGCAAGGCAGUGGCGGCAGUUGCGGGUGCUGCAGUGUUCCAGGCCUUCACGGGCUUGUCCUUCCUGACGGCCUCGCGCGCAGCGUGGGGCUGGCAGCUGACGGUGCCGGGCAACGCUGACUUCAGCUGCGCCGAGGGCAGCACCAUCGGCUGCGCUUCGUUCACUGGAUGUGAGGCAUCCAACUUCACCUGCACAGUGGUGCCUGCCGAGGGCAAGUCCUGUGAUGUGUCCAGCAUCAGCGUGCAGUGCACGGACUUGGCGGACAACACCAGCAUGCCUUUCCAGCCCAACCUAGGACAGUGCAUCAACGUGCAGGCCUACGCGGAUUCGAACAACAAGACGAUGGACGAGGUCGCUUGGUCGCAGACGCCGAUGUGCAUGGACACCACCACCACCACAGGCUCUACCUCGUCUGCCACCGGCAUGCAGGUGCUGGGCUCCGUGACAGCCGUCGUGGCUGCAUUGUCCGCGUGA